AUGGAAAUUGAGAAUUUUGAUGCGGACAAAUUUCCCGACGACAUUUUAUCAUGGGGUGAAGACAAGCGCAAUUUAUUUAUACAUAUUUAUAAGACUUUGGAUGGGAUCCCAAUGUUGUUGUUUGCUGCCUUUAGCGUUCAACAAGUAGAGAAACAGACAUUUUACUUUAAGAUUUCAGGGGAGACGCUAACAAGCUUUCAGCUUCAUGCUUCAAGAUAUGAGAAAGACAACGUAGAAGUUGAGUUUGAUUACAUAGCAAAUCUUUGCAGGAUAACCAAAGCAUUUCGUGUGACAAUUUGCAGAGAUUUUAAACGUCUUGAAAUAUUUGUCUUGAAGAAGGUAGAUUCUUGGAUGUUAAGUUGA